CCUUGAUGCCAAUACUUUUGUACUUGUAUUCACGUAAGUGUUUAACUUCUAACUAACAGAAUAUUUUUUAAAUGUAUCACUUAUUUUACUUUAGUGAACAAUCUGAUUACUUGUUCCACCUCUGUAUGUAAGAAAGGGUUGCACUUGCAUUGCAGUAAAGGAUUUAGGUUUAAUUUGUCACAGCUUUCUCAUAAUAAACCCAGAGAUACAUUUUCUUUGAAGUAAAUAUGUUAUAAUUUGGUCAUUAGUGGCUGUACAUUUACUGAAGUACUUUAAGUAUUAUUCUGAGGUCUGGAGAACUGGUUCUUUUAAAAUGCAGAUAGUACAUAAACAUGAGCUCUUGAUACAUUUAGAGGUUUCUGAAAACACCAGCAGUUGUUCAUCUGGUUACAAAACAGUUUAAGGCCCAGAGAAGAGAAAUUGUACAUUGACAUUUAACGAAAAAGGUUCAGAAAAGCUGCAUAGAACUGUCUUUAGCGUAAUUUUUGUUGUAUUAUUUUAUGUUUUUAAAUCAUCUCACAGCUUCUCCGAUCUGGCUGAUACAUACCCCUAUUGGUUUGUAACCACUCGACUCAACUACUUAGCAGAAUGCCUUUGUAAAGAAGUGAAAACCCAACCUCAGUUACACUUGGAUGCAAUCUACACAAUCUAACAAUGUCAUACUCUUGUGUUUGAGAGUCCUGAGCAGAUCCAUCACAACUGGGGCUGAAUUAAGGUGUUAUAAACGUCUUAGGUGAGGUGAGGAGUUCAGUCAUCAAUGGGUUGCUUAUCUGCAAAUUAAAUGAGAACAUCAAUCGAGCUGUGUUUGCAUUUCUAAACACCCAUUAAGGAAAGAAUUGGGAAUGAACCGUAUGCAUUCCUCAGACUGUUAUAAAGGGUGUGAUCAGGUUUAUAUGCAGAGACAAUGGAGAAUGUUAAAAAGGGAGGUACUGUUCACAAACAUCCACAAGGUGGCGUCAUGCAGAUUUGAGAUGUAUGCAGACAUAAGAGGCGUUUAAGCUCUGCAUUCAUCUCACCUACAAAUUAGGUGUUAGUCUACCACAACCUUGUUCAACUAAAGUGUAUAAUAUGCACUUUAUAAUAUAACAUAUUCAUUAUCAGUGAUGUAGAAAAUCCAACAGAUGUUCGUCCAAUAGAAACAAAGUUAAAAAGGUCCUGUGAUCGAUCAAUAUAUUUAUGUUCAAUGAAAAUGUCCUAAUAUUCAAACUGCGGAACACUUAGAGAAGGAACCUUUUGCUCACACAGGGAGGGAGCUAGUUUCAGCAGACUCACUAUUGGCUGAUUUGGUAAUGCCCUGCGCUGAUUGGCUGCUGGGAAAACCUCAGCAUCGUCAAAACCCCCUGACAGACCUUCAUAUGGAUCAGAGGGGUAAUACAGCCCACAGACACUCUGGCUCUAUUCAACUGUGAAUCUCUGCAGCUGUGGAUUGUGCUGGGAUUCAUUUAAAUGCUUAGAAACAACAGGAUUCUGAACUUCACUACAGCAAUUAACUUUAAAGAUAUGCUGUGUUUAGGAGACUCUCCUGACUGCCUUCGGGACCAAAUGCAGUGCAUGAUGAGAUCCCUGCAGGACCUGAAGCAGAUAAGCAGGCCGAGGCCACUGAGUGAACCGUGUGCUCGCUCCUUUGCUGUGACUCGGCUCUGCAAACAGAGGGCGCAGCAAGAGAGACUCGCUCGUCUGCGUGUCUCUGACUCCAGUGAAGCCAGCACAUAUGACUCUGCCUGCUGCCUGGCCAGCCCCCUGGAAGAAGACGAAGAGCAUCAGGAGCAUGAGCGAUUGACACAAGGCUCCCCGAGCAGUGAGAAGAGUAUGGACGUUGACUCGGGAUACUCUGAGGCUUCUUGGCAGGAUGAAGGUGUGGUGCUGAGGAGAACCAGGAAUGUGAGAGUGUCCUCUUCUGCCUGCCUCCGCACAAACAGAGGAGCUUCUGGAAGAAUCCGGCCCAAAUCGACCUCCGACGCCUGCCUGGAGCGCUGGACCGCAUUUGAAGCCAGCAACCCAGAGGACUGGACGACCUCGCUGCUGAGCCGCAGCAGGAACAGACAGCCUCUGGUUCUGGGGGACAACAGCUUUGCUGACCUGAUAAAGAACUGGAUGGACCUACCAGAGUGUCCUGAGCCAGCAGAACUAAAGCCCCAUGUGGGGCGGCGCAUGGCCAAAGACAUUUUGAUCAACAUGCGGCGCAGACUAGCAGGGAUGUCUAAAAAUGUUGAGGUGAGGCAGAGGACAGCAGACUUGACGAGGGUCAGCAGGGCUGCGGAGGACCCCAAGCGGAUGUCCUGUCCUGUGGGGCUCCAGACACUCAAACCUUUCUUUCACCAGUCCCACACAGGCCUACACCAACCAGACACUGACUUCCACCAUUUCACUGCUCUCAUGAAGACAGGCAGCCGACAACCCAUUAUAUGCAAUGACAUUAUCGGAUAUAUUUAAGUGAGGCUCCAGCCUGACCGUUCAAAUGAAUUGUGAAAAGAUGGUUCUAUUUUUAUAUUGGAUUUUGCCCACAAUGUUGAUACAUCUGUAAUAAAGGUAUUUUGUAUUUAAUGAAAA